AUGUUCUUCAUCGUAUUCCUCACAUUGUUGCCCUUAGGAAGUGACGCCAAUCAACUCGUGAUGAUUCCCCAUCAACAACCACACAUCGAAGACGUACUUGAUAAUCUCACCUUAACUUGCAUCUACCAGUUCAACAGCGACGAAGAGAAAAUGUCAGGCAACAUAACGUGGAUACUGCCCCCAUACCAACAAAAAACGAAAAAACGUUUAAGUUACAAAGUCGAGAGGAAUACAACUCACUUGACAUCGACGAUGACAUUGACAAAGACCGAACCCACCGACACGGGAUAUUAUCGAUGCUUUGUACGCUCCGAAAUCCAAAUCGCCCACUACGUCUACUUUUACAGUCAGCUCUCACUUUUAAAUAAUCGUCUCGCUUUUGACACAUAUACGACGUUUGCGGGUGAACCCCUCGAAAUCCCGUGCAGACCAACCCACCCAAAUGUCACCAUUUCACUGUACCGCGAAAAGCGAAACGAAAACAAUGAAAUGAAAUGGAAGUUAAUGGAACUUUCAAAUGAUUAUGGAAAUGCCAGUUGGUUGCUGAAACCUUUGCCAGAACGAGGACUGAUAUUAACCAAUCCGACAUUUAGCGACAGCAGAAGAUACAAGUGUGAGGGCACCAAGAACAAUUCUAAACUAUUAUUUGUAGCCACCACAAUCCAUUUCAGGAUUUUCAUCAACAGAAUGGAACUCUUUAGGGUUGGGGAUACAAUCGAAGGUAACAACGUUAGUCUCAUCUGUAAAACCGCCUACCUAAGUUACCGGGAUCGGGUGCAAUUUUGGGAACCCGAUUGGUUUUACUUCAACAAGGACACCGGCAAAAAACAAUUGAUCGAUCAAACUAACCUUCCUAAAGAGAAUAAACGGUUCCGUAUGAUAUCAGGCAACUCUCUCAAUGGAAGCUUACCGUACGGUUUGUACGAAAGUCACUUGCAUUUGCUAAGAAUUGGCUUCAAUACGCAAACGCACUUUCAAUGCAGUGUCAAUAUCCGUGGUCGCAUCAUUUCUAAGUCCAUUACUUUUACCGUUCAAGAAAACAAAUAUCCAGUGGAUGUAAAAUUGGGAAGAGGAAUAGCUCAAAAUUUAACUUGCACUCGGUUCACUGAUGACAACAUCAAAUGGUUCAAGGAUGACAAGGAAUAUUCGGGAUUGAUCUAUACGAACGAUGUUUCAUCAAUUUUACCACUAAACGGAAGUGAUGAAGAAAAUGGAAAUUAUUCUUGUCGUUGGAACAACAGCCGAGGGCAAAAGAGAUUUCGAAAUUUCUAUUUUCCUUACAAACCUGAAUCUAACGGUAUUGUGGCGAUUUCGGUCAUUGCCGUCUGCGUAUCUGUCGUGACGUUAAUUACAAUUGGAAUUGCAGGCAAAUAUGUGGGCAAGAGAAACCUGGAAAAAGAAAUUCAGGGAAGAUUAGAUGGAAAUCCUGAUGGUAUCGAUCCAAAUUUGCCAAUCGACUAUCAAACUGAAUUUCUACCUUACGACAAACGCUGUGAAUUUCCAGAAAAGCGCCUCAGACUCGGAAAACAACUGGGAAAAGGAUGUUUCGGAGAAGUUUACAAAGCCAAAGCUGUUGGACUCAAAGGAUCGGAUGAAAAUGUAACGACCGUGGCCGUCAAAAAGGUCCUAUCCACAUCGCAAUUUCAAAUGAAAUCAAAGACAGCCGCAUUAGACGCUCUCAUUGGAGAAUUGAAAAUUCUAAAUUAUUUGGGAUCGCAUUUAAAUGUCGUCAAUUUACUGGGGGCCUGCACCAAAAACAUCGUCAAAGGCGAACUCUUGGUGAUUAUCGAUUAUUGCCACUUCGGCAAUUUGCAAUCCUUUUUGAUUAAACAACGCAAUUCGUUUGUCGACCAAUUGGACGAGUUUGGUGACCUUCAACUGUCAAAUGAUUUCGUUGAAACUAACGAGACUCACAGUCAUGACAGUGACACUAGUGCAAAGCCUGGACCCUCAGAUCGUUCUGUUCCAAAAGCAAAAUGGACCAGCGACGAUUCAAUUUCUUUCGGUAAUUGUCAACAAGAAACGGAACCCAAUUGGAAAUAUGGAGAAAAUUCAGACGCCAUUACCAAUGGACCCAUUUCCACAUGGAAUUUAGUCAGCUUUUCUUUACAAAUCGCCAAGGGGAUGGAAUUCAUUGCUAGCAAAAAGGUUCUCCAUGGCGAUUUAGCGGCUCGCAAUGUCCUUUUAGCCGAUCAUGGAAUUGUCAAAAUUGCUGAUUUUGGAAUGGCCAGACAAAUGAAAAAUUACAUUUACGAAAAGAAAGGACAGGGAUUACUGCCAAUUAAAUGGAUGGCUAUUGAAUCACUGACGGAUCAAAUAUUUUCCAGUCGAUCGGAUGUCUGGUCUUACGGCAUUGUUUUAUGGGAGCUCUUUGUCCUGGGCAAAAUUCCUUACCCAGGUAUGAACGGCUUUAUAAUCGUGAAAAGUAUUCAAGAAGGACUACGAAUGGAGAAACCAGAUUACGCGCCAAAUUUCUUUGGAGAAAUGAUGAAAAGUUGUUGGAACAAAGACCCUAACGACCGACCAACGUUUCACCAGUUGGCUAACACGAUAGAGAAUUACAUGGAGCCAUUCGUUACCUCGGGCUACUUGGAUACAACUUCAGUUGAAAACAAUACCAACUAAGACUUUGGUGACUCUUCCCUCGCAAUUAUUUGCAAUGAAAUUUCAAGGACAAGAAACUAUUUCUAUGUAGCCCCACCCCUUCUUUAGAGCAAAACGUUUAACAAUUGUUGGCCAGAGA